CGGCGGAGCUCCUCCGGACGCCAUUUUGUUUGCUAGUGUGAAGAGGAGGGAGGUUGUGGGUGAAGCGAGCCUUAGAAAAAUAAUAAAAUUAAAUAAGCGAGUUAAGCCUCGGGGUCGGCGGGUGAAGGGCCGAAGGAGAUAAACAAUUCUGCACGCUGCGCAUGUGAAGCCGGCAGAGAUGUGGGAUCAAGGUGGACAACCUUGGCAGCAAUGGCCACUCAAUCAGCAGCAAUGGAUGGAAUCGUUUCAGCAUCAACAAGAUCCAAGUCAGAUUGACUGGGCUGCAUUGGCACAAGCAUGGAUUGCACAACGCGAAGCUACAGGACAAAGCGUGGUGGAGCCCCAAGGCAUGAUGCACAAUGGACAGGACAUACCACCGCUUGAGCCAGGCCCAAACAAUCAUGCUAAUUUUCCAAUGGAGCCCAAUUUUAAUCGAAUGUGGCCGCCUGAAUGGGGAGGAAUGCAUCAUCAGCCACCGCCACACCAUCCUCCUCCUCCAGAGCAGCCGUGGAUACCUCCAGCUCCAGGCCCAAUGGAUAUAGUUCCUGGAAGUGAAGACAACAAUAGCCAGGACAGCGGAGAGUUUACAGCUGACAACAGACAUAUGUUCAACCAGAACAAUCAUGGCUUUGGGGGGCCGCCAGAUAACUUUCCAAUGCCACCUGUAAACCAGUAUGAUUACCAGCAUGGAUCUGGGUAUGGCCCACCUCAAGGAGGAUUCCAUCCCCCAUACUGGCAGCAAGGACCACCUGGACCUCCAUGUCCACCAGCUCCCCCUCCAAAUCGGAGAGAGAGACCAUCCUUCCGAGAACGACAGAGGUCACCUAUACCAGUGCCACCCAAACAAGAGCCUCUACAAAUUGAUGCUGUUAAGCGGAGAACACUGCCUGCGUGGAUUCGGGAAGGACUUGAAAAGAUGGAAAGGGAGAAACAGAAGAAGUUGGAACGAGAGAGAUUAGAGCAGCAGCGAUCACAGAUGAAAAAGGAGAAAAGCGUUAAUGCUGCAGAUGGAGGUGGUCCUCAUCUACCGCAAAAAAGCAAAUUUGACAGCGAAGAAGAUGAUGAUGAAAACAAUGAGAACGAGGAGGACCAGAAUAGUGCUAGAGAGAGCCGCAGUCCUUCACCAGCCCCACAGGAGGAGAACAGCGACUCCGAAAUGACAGAAGAAGAGCGGGCUUACCAAGUGAUGGUGCUGACAAAAAUGUUGUUAACGGAAAUUCUUUUGGAUGUCACCAAUGAAGAAAUCUUUAAUAUAGCUAAAGAGGCCCACCGCAAAGCAACGAAAGCUCCUGCAAGGCAGCUGGCACAGUCCAGUGCACUGGCUUCCCUUACUGGACUCGGUGGACUGGGUGGUUAUGGAUCCGCAGAAAGUGAAGACGAGCGCAGCGAAAGAGGCUCAGAGUCUUCUGAUACGGAUGACGAGGAACUGCGGCACCGAAUCCGACAGAAGCAGGAAGCUUUCCGGAGGAAGGAAAAAGAACAACAGAUACUUGAAAGACAAAUUGAAGAGGAGAAGCUUCAGAAGGAAGCAAAAGAAAGGGAAGUGACUGAGCCUGACUCAGACCUAUCUAUCACUGUAGAAAAUAACGAGAAGAGGAAGGUGGAGGUAGAAGUGGAUAGCGACAAAAAGAAAUUUCAUAGUGAAGCUUUGCCGAUGGUUGAAAUAAAAAAAGAAAACAAGGAUAAGCCAGUUGUCAGUAAGUUGAGGAGCUCAAGUAGCAGUAGCUCUAGCAGCAGUAGCAGUGCAGGUAGUAGUAGCAGCAGCUCAGUCUCUAGCUCAUACAGCUCCAGCUCCUCAAGUAGCCAUAGUUCAUUUCACUACUCGCCCAAAAGAAAGAAAAGACGUAGCCGUAGCAGGUCGCCAUCUUUUAGAGUAAGACGUAGCAGGAGUAGGAGUGACACGCGAAAGAACAGAAGGGGAAGAAGCAAAAGCAGGGAAAAAAUUAGCGAGAGGCGAAGGUCCAGCAAGAACAGUGUGGAGAGCGAAAGGCGUAGAGAUCAAAGUCACAGCAGGGAGGGAAGGACAAACCGCUCUAAGGAGCGCAAUGCUGGUCGUAGUAGAAGUAGAGAUAGGCGCAGGAGUGAUGACCAGCGUAGAAGUCCUAGUAGAACCAGGCACAAGCCUAAAGGAAGUAGCAGAGAGCGAGAAAGGGCAAGGAGUAGGAGUGCUGAACGAGACAGGAAGAGAAAGGAGCAGGAAAAAGAUAGGAAAAGGGAUAAAGUUAAAAAAGAGGAGAGGUCUAGUAGAUAUAGUCAGGAAGAGGAUAGGCCCAAGAGCAGGAGGGACAGCGAAAGGACCUUCUCCCGCAGCGAGUCGUCAUCAAAGAUGUCCCGGCAGGACUCUAGGCAAGAUGGCAAAAAAGGAUCUAUCAAGGAGAAUAAGAAACGGACCCCAUCUAGUGGGAGGAGCAGUUCGGAAUCACCGGUUGUAUUCAAAGAUAAAAAGUCUAAGAAAUCAAAACGUAGUCGGUCACGUUCCAUGGAGAAAUCUCAAAGGUCUGGUAAGAAGGCAAGCCGCAAACACAAGUCUAAGACCCGAUCAAGGUCAUCGACUCCUGUUCGACGUAAGCGCUGAUGAUUAGCUGGCCAUGGCCUCUAUUACGAUUAAACAAAAAAAAUUCCAUGAGUUUUAAGGGCUUGUCUCAUUCUAGAGGCACAUUAUGCUACGUAGGUGUUUGAAAAAUGCAUUUCUUUCCUUUUUAAAUAUGUACAUAUUUUUUCAUUCUUCCACUGAAAGGCCUUCCCGAUGUAAAAACAUACUAGUAAUAAGUAACUUUAUUUUUAGCUGUAAUGUUCUUAAAAUAACCAUUAACCGUGCUGUGAUAUAAUAAAGCACUGUGCUUAUUUUUGUUUGAGAGUCCUGCCCAUAAUUUUAUAGGCUUACUUUUUUGAAUCUAAAUAUCAGUAACCCUUCAAGAAUUUAAUUUCAUGAAUUAAAAAAAAAUUCUUCCACAUUUCACCGCUGUAGGUGGAUUUAGUUUCAAGCAUUCGAAGGCUUCAGGAUUGGUACACCAGUGUGCUUUUAUGGAAAUCAGUUUUCUGUGGGUGUUCUGCAAAUAAUAUUUUUCUUGGUAUCUUUAAAGCAAAAGUACGAAGCGUUUACUUUAACUUCCCGGUAGGGUGCACACGUGUCAGAUCUAUAUAAAGUGUUAAUAAAUUACGUGUAUAUCACGCCUGCCUUAUAUGGAAAUGAUUGAGAUAUAAUGGAUGGCUUAUUUGCAUAUGAGGCUUCCGUGAUGCUACACAUGGAGAAAGCUUAGAACCUCCUAAAAUCUUGCAAGUCAAUUGGAAGAGUUAAAUUCAUGCAUUGUGAAAACACUGGUCUAGAAUGUCCUUAAAUUGAAUUUUAAAGUGGAAAGGGGCGGGGAGUUAAUUUAUUUUCCUUUCAUGUAGAUGGGACACUCCUGGAAGUUAUUUGUACAAACUGUAAAUAAAACUUUGCAACGUGA